AUGAACACAAAUAGAACUGAUCAUUGUUUAUUACAAGAUGGUUAUUUUGGUCCUUGUAUUUUAAUUGAUUCUGCCAAUAUAAACAACUAUAAAAAGAAUUCUCCUUCUAAGAAUUCAAUCACUUCAGAUAUUAGUUAGAAAGAGAUUGAAUCUAAUAAUAUCUCUCAAAAUGUAGAAAUUUUUCCAACAAUUCUCCAAAUUUCCAAAGCCAAGCAAAACUUCAGGAAUAAUAAAGGCAAUCCUAAUUAAUAAUCAUAAAGUAAUUUCAUUAAGGGUAGCAAGAGACAAUUAUUGGAACCUAAAAUAUAGAAAUCAGAACGGCCUUCCUUUAUGAGAACCCUUGUUAAAAAUAACAUCAUCAAUAAAUUUAAAAAUAACCUAUUUUCAUCAGCAUAUGUUCUUCCAAAUGAAAUGAAAUACAUCUUGGAAAACGAAACCUACAUCUACGAAUAAAAGGAAAAAACAAAAGCCAAUUAAACCAAAAUAGAGAUGAAUAAAGAAAAUGGGUAUGCCACCAAAGUAUCGGAAUUAAGUAUGCUACUAAUGCCUGGCAAGAAUCUUACGAUUUUAUGGGAUUUUAUGUCUUUAUUUGUUUUGUUUUUGAGAUUAUUCUUUUGCACUAUGAUUGCCGCAUUUGGAUAAUAGGAUAAAUUUUUCAAGGGAAUUGAAUUUUUCUUCAACACAUAUCUCAUAUUUGAGAGUGUGCUUACAAUUUAUAGACCAAUUAUUCUCUAAGGAGAAAUCAUCAGUGAAAAUUAAUAAAUAUGGAUUCUUUACUCAAAAAAUCAAUUGAUAGAAGAUUUAACCAGUUUCAUAAUUUGGUUUUUGAUUUAUUUUGAUUUAAAUGAAAUUUUAGUACUCAAUGAAAUUUUGGCCAUAUCAUAAAUUAUUUUAACAGUUCGAUAGAUAUUAAGAAAAUAUAAUAUUCAAAUUGAAUAAUUGUAUCUAAAAGGAUUUAAUAGUCACUUUCUAGAUUUAAUAAGUCUGAUUAUAAUUAUUUGUUUCUUUGCUCACUUUACAGCUUGUUUAUGGCAUUAUAUUGGUUACAUUACAAUUAAUUAAGGCUCCUGGCUAACAUACGCUCAUAUCAUAAAUGAAGAUAUUUGGGCACAAUACAAUUAUUCUUAUUAUUGGGCUACAAUGACAAUGGUUACUGUGGGAUAUGGAGAUAUUACACCUAAAAAUUAGGUUGAAGUAGCAUUUGCAUCAAUAAUAAUGAUAUCCUCUACUUGUAUGUUUGCUUAUUCAAUGAACUCGAUAGGAGUGAUAGUGAAAAAUAUUUAUGAUGAAUAAACAAAAUUUAAGAGAACUUUAAUAUUGAUGAGUAAAUUCAUGUCAAAGAAUGAAGUUGAUUCUUAGAUUUAGAGUAGAGUGAAGAAUUAUAUUAAAUUUAGUAUCGAACAUGAAGUUAUGGAGAAUAAAGAAGAAACUACGAAAAUAUUAAAUGAUUUGCCAGUUGGUUUAAGAUUAGAAUUAGAAUCAGAUAUUUAAUAAAAAACUAUAUAAAAGAUAAAACUCAUAACCGAUUAUUUUUCAAUAUAAACAUAAAACCAAGUAAAAAACAAUCUGAUUCCAGUCAAAUUCACUCCUAAGGAUAUAAUAUAUCAUAGAGAAGAUAUAAAAGAUAAAAAUUUAUAUUUCAUUUCUGAAGGGGAAGUGCAAAUUUUAGAAGAGCAGAGCUAAAAGAUUAUAAAAAGAUUGAAAGCAGGAGAUGUUUUUGGCGAAUUUUAAUUUUUCACUGGAUAAAAUACCAAAGAAUCAACUAUAAGUGUGGGAUUUACAUAAUUAUAUAAGAUAGACAGAGAUAAAUUUAUAAGUAUCAUAAAGUAAACCCAAAAGGAUUAUGAGAAGUUUCAUAAAAUCAAAGAUUCAAUUUUAUAUACCAAAAAUUACACUAGCAUUUUAACUAAAUGUUAUUUAUGUAAUAAAUUUUCACACAAAGAUAUUGAGUGUCCUUACUUAACAUAUCAACCCUCUAAAUAUCUAAAAAUUGUAAAAUUUAAUAAAUUUGAUUUUAAUGAGAGAGAAAAAUUCAAAAGAAAAGAAAAAAAAAAAAUAAAAUCUUAACUUGAUCAAUAAUAGAUUGAAGCAAGCAUUAAAGACUUUCAAGAAUUUCUAUCCAUAUCAUUUAUAGAAGAAUACAAUACUCAAGUUCAAACUUAUUAGGUAUCUGAAACUAGUGGCCAAGUUGAAACCACACCAGUAGAAGAAUUGCGAGAAAAAUCAUAGAAUUCUAUAUAUAGAAAUAUUCAAUAAAACGGGUUAAUUCAAUAGAGCGGGAUGGGUAGAAGAGGAUCGAAUACACCAAUUUUGGAUUAUGAAAAAAGGAAAUCCUUAGUUUUAGCUAAAAAAAAGUUAUCUUUUACAGAAGAAGAGAAAAGAAGAACAUAAAUUUAUAGAGAAACUUUAAUUUUUAAAUAAUUAGAUCAAUUUUAAGUCAAAUAAUAAUUCUAUGUAUUGGAAGGAUUUGAUAAAAUGCAAAAUUAUGUAGAUUAUUUACCACAUAACAAUGCUAAUUAAGUGAUCAGAAAUUCUAACAAAGAGAAACCAAAAAGUAAGUAAAUUAAACCUUAAGUCUUUAAAUUUUCUAAUAGUUUUAGAGUGAUGAAAAAUAUAUGA